UACUUUUAGUUUAGAGGGGAUUAAUCACGUCUAUCUACUUUCCGUGUAUAUGAAUGAGCCUCGCCUUCCUCCGUUCUUCCGCUCUCCAUUCCGAAUCCCCAAUUCCCGAACUUGAGCUCUUCCCAUUCGAUCCGAGGAGCAAGGAAUUUCCUAGCUGGGAGGAAAAUGAACAAACAUAUGGGACUUUGACUGCGAAAUAAGCUUAAAUAAGAUUCAGUGAAUUGUGCAGAUUAAGUCAUCUGCUUAUCUAGGUCGUACGCAGCCAAGUCAGAGAAUGGGUCGCGGUGUAAGCAGCGGAGGAGGGCAGAGUUCGCUGGGCUACCUCUUUGGGAGUGAUGAGACCCCUAAACCUGCUGCAAAUCAAACUUCAGCUGCUGACGACACUGCACAUUCCCAAAAGCCUUCUACUGCUUCACCACCUGUUGAUGUCAGUAAGCAGAUUCCAGCAGGCAUCCAACAAAAGACGGCAAACAACUACCACCGUUCGGAUGGCCAGAACAGUGGAAAUUUUCUUACGGACCGGCCUUCAACAAAGGUUCAAGCUGCUCCUGGUGGCGGUUCUUCCCUCAGUUACCUCUUUGGUGGCGGGGGCAACUGAUGAACUAAUUGGUGGUUACAACUGUGAGAAUGUAUCAAACAAAUGAAGAAAUGAUAUCACUGUUUAGACCUGCAGAUUUCAAAUGGAUGAUGAUUUCAUUUUAUUGUUGGGAGACCGAUCAUGUACUUUAUAACUCGCCAACGUAAGAUGUUUUUGGUGACAAUAUGUUUGCCUAAUUGAUGAAUAGAUGACAAACUUUCAUCCUUAAGAAGUGUGUUCCACCAUUCUUAGUAUUGGUUCUCUGAAAUAGGUGUUAUAGUUCUGUCCUAUUGCUUAAAAUACUAAUAUAUGGUAUUCUAUUUCCUGCUAA